AUGGGAAAUCCAGAAGUCAUCGUUAUUGGCACCGGGCCAUCAGGUAUUGCCUUAGCACACACUCUGAAGCACAAGUUGGGAUUCGAUGAUUUCACAUUCUACGACAAGUUCGAUGGUCCCGGAGGUACAUGGCGACAGAACACAUACCCUGGAGUUGGUUGUGAUGUCCCGACCAUCCUAUAUUCGUUUUCAUUCAAUCAGAACCCCAACUGGUCGAAAGAACUAUGCGAAGGGCCCGAAAUCCUUGAGUACAUGGAAAAUACUGUCGACAAAUUCAAUCUCCGCAAGCACAUGCAAUUCGGCGUUGAAUGCCUGUCCGCAUCAUGGAAUGUCAAAGGGUUUUGGGAGGUUCGCUUGCGUGACACCAAGACGCAGGUUGAAUACAUCAGGACCGCGACCAUCUUCAUCUCUGCGACCUUUGCUGGAGAGAUCUUUCACACCGCACGAUGGAACCAUCAAUUUGACUACAGUGGAAAACGCAUCGCAGUUAUUGGCAAUGGCUGCAGUGCUGCACAGGUUCUCCCCGCUGUCGCUAAGGAGGCCGCCUUGGUGAAGCAGUAUGCUCGGAGUGCUCAAUGGUACCAUGAACGGCCGAAUCGCAGCUUUACUGCAUUCGAGAGGUGGUGCUUUCGUAACAUUCCCCUCUGGGAGCGGUACUUGCGUCUGCAAAUUUUCCUCGCUAGCGACAACCUUGUUGCCACUUACCUGCCUGGGCCCGCAGCUGAAAAGCUUCGCGCAAAAACCGAAGAAAGUGCACGCCAGUAUAUUUGCGCGACCGCGCCUCAAAAGUAUCACAAGUUUCUUGUUCCAGACUUUCCACUGGGCUGUAAACGACGUAUUUUUGACCCGAACUAUCUGGAGAGUCUUCAUCGCCGCAACGUAGAGGUGGCACCCGUGGGGAUCGAGCAGAUUGAUGAAACAGGAAUCACUAGCACGGACGGUGUCCAUACUGAAUUCGAUGCAAUCGUCCUCGCUACAGGAUUUGAUGUCCAGCAGUUCAUCGUUCCGAUGGAAGUGUACGGCAAAGGUGGCAAGAGCCUGACAGACCAGUGGAAAGAAUCGCGAGGCGCACAAGCUUAUAUGGGAGUUUACGUGAACAACUUCCCCAACAUGGGCAUUCUCUUCGGCCCCAACACGUUCCCAGCACACAACUCCGUCCUCUUCACAUCCGAAGUCCAGGUGGACUAUCUGGCACGUACCCUGCUCGCGCCCAUCAUUGACCGUCGUAUCUCCUCUCUUGAGGUCAAGGCCACUGCUGAGAACCAGUGGGUGAACGCCGUGCAGAACGAUCUCAAAGGCAGUGUAUUUGAAGCAGGCUGUUCUAAUUGGUAUAUCAACCCAAAUGGUCGCAAUUCUGCCUCGUGGCCAGGCUAUGCAUCAUCAUAUUGGGCAGAGACGCUGAGGCCCCAUUCUGGGGUGUUCAAGCAGACCCCGGGCUCUAGGUUGUGUGUCCUGUUCCUUGCCCUUGCUGGGCUCCUGUGGCAUCGAGAUGGGGGGGAUAGUUCGUGGUUUGAGUGA